AUGAAAUGGCCCCGCCGGUUCCGCCAUGGCCGCGACGGAAGGGGCGGGUCCUGUCCCGGGCCGGGCCCGGCAUGCUCGCCAUGGUGAAUCUGGGCGUGCGGCGGGUGGAGGAUGAUGUGGCCGCCAAGCACCCGGCGCUGCAGCAGUACGCGGCUUGCCAGUCUCACGCCUUCAUGAAGGGCAUCGGCACCUUCUUGGCAGGCAGCGGGGCCGCCUUCGCGGUGCAGAAGAUGGCGCGGCAGAAGCUGCCAUACAGCCUGCAGUGGAGCCUGCUGUUGGCUGCGGCUAUAGGGUCCCUCGGAAGCUACGUGGUAACCAGAGCCGAGACGCAGAAAUGCUCCAACUUCUGGAUUUAUCUGGAGACAGGCAAGUCCCCACAAGAGCUCUCCAUGACUGCUGGGGUGUCUCAGCCCACAGAAAACCUCCUUAAUGCAGAAGACAGGGAUGGCGCUGCUACACUGGUGAGGAGGAACAGCUUGAGGGCAAAGGGAAGGCAAAAGGACACAGCUAUUCUUCUGGGAUGGUGUCAGGUUUUGGAGGAGGACAUUGAGCACUUGCCACAUCCCAAGCAUUCAGAGCAUGGAGCCUCCAGCAGGUAGGAUGGUGCUGGUCCUGCAGAUAUGGCCCACCCUGUCCCUGCCAUCAGAUUAUGCUGGACUUGCUGUGCCGGAGCAGGCAGAUGGCAGUCACCAGGGAUGUCAGGGUGGUGACCACAAAGAGCAGGAUGAGGAUGACCCAGUAAUUGUACAGCAUGCUUUUGUGGGAGGAGGGGUUCUCUGCCGGGAUCAUGUUGGUGAGGUUCAGCAUGUAGCCCAGGGCCCAGCCAAUGGAGGUUUCUCCUGCCUGUGGAAACACCAUGGCAUGGUCACCAUCCAGCCAGCCCAGCUGUAUGGGCCUCAGGAGACCAUGGAAUUGUGUAAUCACUGAAGAUGGAAAAGACAACUAAGAUCAUGGAGUCCAACCAGUAACACCAGCACUGCCAAGGCCACCACUAAACCAUGUCCCCCAAGUGCCACAUCUGCAAAUGUUCUAAAUCUCUCCAGGGAUGGUAACUACCCCAUCCGUGGGCAGCCUGUUCCAAUGCCUGACCACACUUUCCAUGAAGUAAUUUUUCCUAAAAUAUAACUGAAACUUCCCCUGGCAAAA